GGCAGAUGCCACGAACCUCCCUAAGCGUCCAUCAACCGCCCCGCCUACAAUCAUUAUCACAAUUCCGGACUCCCCUCCGCCAUACCUCACUAUGAGACCCCCUUCAAUCACCCUCUUCCUCUCCCUCCUACCCUCUCUCCCAUCCCUCACCCACGCCGCGACCCUCCAACAAAUCACCACCCCCUUCGGCCCGAACCCUCGCAACCUGACCUUCCACCUCUUCGUGCCAGACACCCUCCCGUCCAACCCGGCCAUCCUAGUCAACCCACACUGGUGCCACGGCACCGCACAAGCAGCCUACUCCGGCUCCCGCUGGGCGACCCUAGCCUCUCAGCACGGCUUCAUCGUCAUCUACCCGGGCAGCAGCCCGUCCUCAACCGACCAGUGCUGGGAUGUGUCGUCGGCCGAGACACUUUCCCACACAUCCCCCGGCGGCGACAGUUUGGGGAUUGUCAGCAUGGUGCGCUGGACAGUCGACAAGUACCGCGCCGACGCCAGCAGGGUUUUCGUCACGGGUGUGAGUUCGGGCGGGAUGAUGACCCAGGUCCUGCUGGGUGCGUACCCGGAUGUCUUUGCCGCGGGCGCGGCGUUCGCGGGGGUUCCAUUUGCGUGCUACGCUCCCUCGCCUAAUGCCGGGGCGUACGGGUAUUGGAAUGCCGAGUGUGCCACGGGGAAGGUGGUCAAGACCCCUGCUGAGUGGGCGCGCUUGGUGCAUGCUGCGUGGCCUGGCUAUGAGGGGUGGAGGCCUAAGGUGCAGAUCUUUCAUGGCACCGAGGAUGAGGUGGUGAGUUAUGUCAAUCAUGAAGAGGCGGUCAAGUUGUGGACUGAGGUGCUGGGGCUUGGGAGCAAGCCGGUGCGGGUGGUUAAGGAUAGCCCGCUCAGGGGCUGGACGAAGAGUGUGUAUGGGAAGAGUGGGUGGCUGGAGGCGUACAGUGCUGAGGGGGUCACGCAUGACAUCAAAGUCCAGGAGGAUACGGUUAUGCAGUUCUUCCAGUUGAACUGUACGAGAGACUGCUUCUCGUGGGGUCAAGGGGGUCCUGGAUCGAAGUGCCGGAGCUGAGAGCAACUUGCGGUCCUUUGACAUCUGGGCUGGGAUCAGGGGAAUAUCAUCUCGUGACAAUAGAUAAUUUACUGAUAAAUAUCCUCCCGCAUAGCCAAUG